AUGUUGGCUUCCUCCCCCUCGCCCUCCUCCGCGGCGUUGCGAUCCCCUCACCCCCAUCCGCACCCACACCCACUUCCUCAUCCAGCCGGAGCUGCGGCGCAUUAUGAUCCCUCGUCCGCUCCACAAUUCAAUAGUCCUCGCUCAUCACGCCUGGCCAUUGAGGAGCUGCGCUCGGCCUUAAAUCGCCAUACCGUCGAUCCUUCCUCUCCUGAAUCUCCUGCAUCGUGGAGACGGCGCGUAUCAACCGUAUCAACGGCAUCCACCACCGCCUCUGUCGAUACCCUGGCCCCCAGUUCCGCCUUGGCUCUCUCUUCCGGUCCUUCAGCCGCCACUCCUGCCACUGUCCCUCCUGACUCUGCAGCCGCGACUGCCCCCGUGAAUAUUCCGACCCCCGCCGCCGCACCUCCUACAUCUGCUACUGUCACAGCCACCGCUCCCUCGAUGCCCGCCCCGGAUAGUUCGGGGUCCAACAAGCGCAACAGCCCGAGCGACCAUCACCCGUCGGAUGCGACGGCGCCGGCGGGGUUUGCUCAGGAUGGGGAGGCUUCACAGACUAAGCGUCAGCGGUCCUCCCGACAAGAUGUCAAGAUCUUGCCCGCCCAGUACGAGGAAGUUGAUCCUCGUGACUUGGUGGUGCUGAUUUCCAGCAUGCUGAUGGAGCUGAUUCGCUUCAAUGACAAGAUCCCCCUGCAUCAGGGGCGCUUAACUCGCUUCCACUCACGUUCGCCACCUCGGAUCUCCGUGUUGGAUUACCUACAACGUCUGACAACUCACGCUACCCUUUCGCCCCCAAUCCUGCUGAGCAUGGUGUACUAUAUCGAUCGCCUUUGCGCCUUGUACCCGGCUUUCACAGUCUCCAGUUUGACCAUCCAUCGUUUCCUGAUCGUCAGUGCGACAGUGGCUAGCAAGGGUCUUAGUGACAGUUUCUGGACGAACAAGACAUAUGCGCGAGUCGGGGGUAUCACCAUGAACGAGUUGGCCAUGCUAGAACUUGAGUUUUUAUUCAAGGUUCAAUGGCGGAUUGUGCCUCAACCAGAGGUGCUAGAGGACUACUACCAGAGUCUGAUUGACCGAUGCGAUGGCUUCGAAAUCGAGCGCACCAGUACAAAUCACAGCACUGCACCAACAACCUCGACAACGGCCGCCAACACUCCAUCAGCAUAA